UGUGUGCUGCUCUAAUGAGUGAGUGGGUGGGAGGGUCAGGCAGUGCGACAAAUAAGGACACGGUUCCUGCACGAGCUUUCAUUCUCACUUUUAUUUGCAAGUGUGUUUUGGACCCACAGCUGCCUAAAAUGCGCUAAUUAGCCAAACGGGAUUUGCUUUUGCGGUGUUUUUACGCUGGAAUAAUAAACUUUCUCAGCAAAUGUUUUCAAGGGGCCCUCUCUCAUGUGCCAAAGACGACAUGAUUCACUGUCUCAGAUGGACUGUUUUCCUGUGGAUUGUAAAUAGCAUUCCUUUUACUUCAGGAAUGACAGUGAAUGAGCGAAUAGAUCAUACAUGUCCACCCAUGAAGCUGGAAGACAAGUGGGAUACCAAUGUGAACAUUCACAGAGAAUUCACAGGGUUUGAUUUAGCUGAGAAGUUUCUUCUCAGAAAAGGCACGGUGACAGACAACAGGCUGUUGUUGAGACUGGGGAGUAAACCGUUGUUUAAACCAACAGAAUCUGUGUUCCCAAAUGGAAUUUCUCAUGAGUACUCCAUUAUUGCCACGUUCCGGCUCAGAAAAACCACAAAGAAAGAUCGCUGGUUUGUUCUGCAGAUCUUUGAUCAAGAUGGAGAUACGCAGGUCUCACUUAUAGUGGAUGGAGCUAAAAAAACUGUUGAGUUUUUGGCUCAGGGUUUUCUGAGAAACAGCCUCCUCUACGUGUUCAAGAACCGAGACCUGCAUGCCCUUUUCGAUCGACAGUUCCACAAGCUGGGUGUGUCUGUUGAGAGCAAUGCGGUCUCUAUCUACCUGGACUGCAAACUGAUUGAGCGUCAGGUGACAGCUGAAAGGUCUGGCAUGAACGUGAGCGGACGCACAUUCAUCACCACUCGAGUGGAGGAUGGCCGUCCAGUGGAUAUUGAACUUCAGGAGAUUCUGAUCUUCUGUGAUGCUAGAAUAGCCGACCUGGACAGAUGCUGUGAUUCUCCUGGAGUUACGUGUGAACCUGUAGUGACCCACAACCCCACAGCGGCCCCAAUGGUCACAGGAUACCUCCACAGAAUGCUGUCAAUGCCAGCCCAGCUGCCCACCGACCAAUGCCACUGUCCUACUCUGAAGGGGGAUCAAGGGCUUCCGGGUUUGGCAGGACAUUCUGGACAAAAGGGAGAUAAAGGAGACAUGGGUUUGAAAGGUGAUCCUGGACCUCAAGGCCUACCUGGUCUCAAAGGUGAUAAAGGGGAACCAGGUCUGCCAGGUCUGGGAACACUAUUGGUUGAACAGCAAGCUCAAAAAGGGGACCAGGGUCCCCCAGGAAUUCCCGGAGAAAGGGGAGAUGCUGGCCUGCCCGGUCAGCCAGGAGCACCAGGGAAAGAGGGCAAAAGGGGUCGACGGGGGAAAACAGGAGAACGAGGGGCUCCAGGACCACCGGGUCCACCUGGAACAUGUGAUGCUGAAGCUGUCAAGGGGAUGAAGGGUGACCCGGGUGUUGCAGGAAAGGAUGGACUGAAGGGCGAUAAAGGGGAUCCUGGUUUGCCUGGCCUGGAGGGAGCCAGUGGAAUAAAGGUGAUGACAGCACAUGGACUUAGACUUUCUGGAACUGGGGAAGGAGGUGAUAAAGGCCAGAAAGGAGAGAAAGGAGACCAGGGUGAAAAGGGUUCUGAAGGCUUAAAAGGUCUACAGGGCAAUAGUGGAUUGCCUGGACUGACAGGGGCUCCAGGACUUGAGGGAAAGCAGGGUCCAACUGGUCCCACUGGCAUUCGUGGACUUCCAGGAGAUCCGGGCUCUCGUGGUCAGCCAGGACUGCCUGGAAAAGAUGGAAUGAAAGGAGAAAAGGGUGAUGCAGGCGGAGCGCCGGGACCGAUAGGACCCCCGGGCCUCAAGGGUGAACCUGGUGAGCCCUGCUCUGUCGGAAUUUGCAAUGGGGAGGAGGUCGUUUCUGGUCUUCGGGGGUCGCGGGGCCCUAAGGGUGAGCGAGGUGUACCUGGAGUACCCGGAGAUGCUGGAGAGAAAGGAGAACCUGGCAUUGGAAUCACUGGACCCCCUGGUUUGAUGGGAGCUAAAGGUGAACCAGGAAUUCAGGGUCCUCGUGGACCUGCAGGAUCAGUUGGAGUGCAAGGAAUUAUGGGACCUCCUGGCCCACAAGGCAGACCAGGACCCCCUGGACCCCCUGGAGAACCGACAGCACUACCUAUUGUUGGAGAUAUGGGGACAUUAAUGAAGAACGCCUGCAGUGUGUGUCAGAACAGAGUGCCAGGAUUGCCAGGGCAGAAGGGAGAAAAAGGUUCCCUUGGAACUCCAGGUAUCCCAGGAAUGGAUGGAGUAAAGGGGGAUCAGGGACUUCGGGGCCCAGCUGGUAAUCCUGGAAAAGAGGGUCCGAAGGGAGUGAAGGGUGAGAGAGGCUUCCCUGGUCCGAUGGGGGACAAGGGUGAUGAGGGGUCCCCAGGUGUGCCAGGAUUGCCUGGGUCCACAGGCCGCAUGGGUCCACAGGGACUUAUUGGCAGACCAGGACCUGCAGGGCCCCUAGGACCAAAGGGAGAACGGGGCAGCGAAGGACCGCAAGGCAGACCCGGACCCCCUGGACCCCCUGGUGUCCCAUAUGCAGAGGGCAAUGGGAUGAGCAGUCUCUAUAAGCUUCAGAAUGGCGCAGCUAAUACAGGUCAACCCGGACCACCAGGGCCCACGGGGCCCAAAGGAGAUGAAGGAAGGAUGGGUGAGCCGGGGCUGAUGGGAUUACCAGGUCUAGAGGGGAUGCCAGGUGCUAAGGGUGAUCCUGGCCUACCUGGUCCACCUGGUGUUCCUGGCCCUAUUGGAAAGCCUGGUCUGCGUGGUGAGUCAGGGAUCCCUGGAGAGCCGGGAGAACGAGGGCCUGUGGGAGAGACUGGCUUCCCUGGACCUGAAGGGCCUCCUGGAUUCCCUGGAAGGCCAGGAAAAGAUGGAAUUCCAGGCUAUACGGGAGCCACGGGCAGACCUGGAGACAGAGGUACUAAAGGAGAACGGGGAGAUCCGGGGAUUCCAGGAGAGAGAGGAGUACAGGGAGAAAGAGGCAAGGCUGGAGAAAGAGGGGUCAUUGGUCCUCAAGGGCCACCUGGACAGAAAGGAGAACCUGGAUCUUUAACAACACCAGGGACCGUCAAUCUGUUGGGCGAUACAGCUGCCUUGGAGGAAAUUAAAACAUUCAUCCGAAAUGAAGUAUUGCGUGUAUUUGAAGAGAGGUAUUCAGACAGUUACGCCUCACUACAGAAGACACCAGCAGCUAUAUUAGCUGCGCAGGGUCGACAAGGCCCUCCAGGGCCACCCGGUAAUGAUGGCUCCCCAGGACCCCCCGGAGAGCCAGGUCCACAAGGGUAUCGAGGGCAGAAAGGGGAACGGGGUCAUAUGGGGAUGGGACUUCCAGGACCUUCAGGCCCCACUGGCCCACCAGGUUCACCCGGAAUAGGAUCGCAGGGGCCCCAAGGUCCCCCGGGGUCCCAAGGUCCAGAGGGAAGAUGUAACCCCAGUGACUGCUUCCAUCCACACACCAGACGGGAUGGGUAGAAUCUGACACAUCCUCAUCAAACCUGGACACCAGUGAACCAGCUCAUCUUCACAAGCAUUAAAUGCUAUUAAAACAAACCUAGGAUCCCUGCCGGAGGAGAAGACACGCAAACGUCUUCCCCAUAGAGCAGCCAUUACUGGUGAUGUCAUUUCAUCAUUUAGCUCCGUUUCAUUUCCCAUACUUGUGACCAAUGCAUUUACUCAUUUCCAAAGUUUUGUGAGUAUAACACGAUCAUUACACUAAUCGCACCGGACAGGUUUAUCAGAGGCGGCACGGUCAAGGCGAAUACUGGUGAAAUGAGAAUUUACAUUUACUUAUUUUCUUAUGCUGAGUUUUAAUUCAAUUGUGAUGGCUCUAUGCAAUCUAAAAUAGAAAAGGAGUAUGUUAACAAAUAUUAAGUUUGUGUAAAUAACAGAAAAUGUAAUUGUAAAAGGGAGUUAAUGUCAUGUUGAUCACCUCAGAUGCACUGGUGUGUGUGUCUGUGUGUGUCUGUGUGUGUGUACCUACUUAACCAUAUUUUGUGGACAGAUUUGUACCCAAAAGUGAGCUAAACCUGACAAAAUCUCCAAAAACCUCCCUUUGGGGAUGUUCUUAUUUGUAAAACUGGGAUAAAAAUAAAGUAAACAAAGGUGGGUUUUUUUUUUUUUUUUUUUUUUUACAAAUUCUGAAAGUUUUCUGUAAGGUCUAGGGUGAUAGAAUAUACAGUUUGUACAGUAUAAAAACUAUUAUGCCUAUGGAAUGUCCCCAUUUAGAUAGCUAAGUAAGUGUGUGUGUGUGUGUGUGUGUGUGUGUGUGUAUAAAGAAUGAAAACAUCUUAAACCACUAGUUAAAUAAGUAAAAAAAAAAAAACGAAUUAAAUAUUUUUUUAUUUCAAUUAAAUAAUUCAUACUAAUUAAAAUAAUCAUAUAAAAUAUAAAUAAUUUAAAAUAGUUUUGUAGUAUUUAUUUAUUAUAUAUUUUUUUUGAUAAUUAUAAAUAUAGUCAAAAAUAAUUGUUACAAUUUGUCAUUUAAAAAAUAAUAAUAAAAUAAAAUUUUAAUUCCGAAAAUCUCUUAGAUGUUUCUUGUUCAUUUAGUCUUUGUUUGUAUUCCAGACUCGGAAAACUUUUAGUUCCAUGUUAUAUAGAUUUUGAAUCCCAAAUUUUAAAAGUGAUAUCAGACUUUAUGUUAAGUUUUGACCAAACACCGCAAGAAAUGAUAAAAUAAAUGAUUGUACUGAUCUUGCUGUGUUGGCCAGUGUUGGCGAGGUGAAAACUGCUCAUGACAUUAAUAAGCUUUAAUUGUUUACAGGGAAAUAAGUGCUGUUCCUCUUUUCUGACUGUUUAAUAAACACCAUCAUACCGGUGUUGUAUGUAUAUUUUGUUAUAUACCUAGUUUGUUUUUCCAGAGAAAAGAUGUGGAGUGCUUUUUAUUUGCAUUUGAACAUAUUUAUCUCUAAUUUCUUUUGCUUUGUAUGGAAAGCAUCCUUCCGUGUUACUUGAAUAUUUUUAUAAGACGACAACUUUGUCAAUAUCAUAUUCAGUUUAACAAGCAGCAAGCCAGUUAACAUCAAACCUUGUAGAUUUUACUUUUCAUGGGCAGCAGCGUGUCUUAAGACCACGUUUCCGUAUAAUUUAGUUCUUUAUUUAUUGGUGUACAAUUUUAGGAUUGCUGUUUGGAUUAAGGUUUUAUUUAUUUUAUAGAUAUCUGUAAUAUCCUGAUCCAGCAUCAGUAGGUGAGAUUUACUGAAGGCGCAUAAGGGUCAUUGAAUCUUUCGACUACAUCCAUCUGUCUCGUUUGUGAAGAUGAAGGUUGCUGGAGUCAUGUGGGCGGAUGAAAGUUUGGGACAUUCUGCUUUUGGUGCAUUUGUGCUGCUUUUUCUUUUUCAUCUCUAUCUUCCCAGUCUCCUUCAUUACAUCUUUCUUGCUUUCUAUCUUUCCCUCUUUCCUUCUAUCCAUUCAUCCAUCCUUUCUUUCUUUCCAUUAUCUGUUCCAACUACGGUAAAGUGUGACAAAGCAAAACCUUAAAAGUUUUUUGCUGUUUUACUCUUAUUAAUUUCAAGCUUUAAUUUUUUGAUGUAAUGUACCAGAAUACCUCUUCUGAGAGUUCAAAUAUUGAUGGUUCAGGUCAUUAGACUCUUUUGUGAGAGAUCGGUGAACUGCUUGUCUAACACAAACUAGAGAGAAUCCUUCUUACUAAGCAUCUCAGAGUCGGCACAGCUUUGUCCCCUUUAUAUUUUGUUACAGUUGCUUUUGUCAGUUUUAUCAUGAAAUAUGUUUGUUUUUCAGUCAACCACAGAUGUUUCAUUUACAGAUACGGGCUAUUAAGGACAUGUAGCAUGGAUACAAUAUUAUUCUCAAGGGCUAAUCAUGUGGACUUACUUGAAGGACAGUCUUAAGACAAACACCACAUCUACCUGAUAUGCAUUGCAUCACCACCUGAUGGACUUUCUGGAAGAUGAUUCUGUUUCGAUAUGUUUCUGUUCUCAAUAGAAUGAAUGCUCAUUGUGGUCAGAUAACAUGAGCAUUUUUGUGCUUGUGUAAAUGCAUUUGCAUUGUACAUUGUUUUAAUAAAUGUAUUUAAUGUAA